AUGAUUUACACCUCUCCACCAAGCAUGCCGAGGUUGCCCUCAGAUGCUCUAGAUUCAACCACAAUCCAUGAAUUCCUAUUCUCCGAAAAGGGCAGCAACCGACACCCGUUAGCCGUGUCAAAACCUGCUUUCACCUGCGGCAUCACGGGGAACUCCUACACGACAGCUGAAGUGUCGACACGCAUUGACUUACUGGCGAGGUCACUGGCUGCCCGCCUGCAGUGGCAUGUUAACGAUGGUGAGCCGCUGGAUAAGGUGGUGGGCGUUUUUAGUCUCAACGCUAUGGAUGGCUUAAUCGCCUCAUGGGCCACCCACAGACUGAACGGUGUCUCCUGCCCUCUGAGUGCUAUGUAUUCAACAUCGGAGCUUACUCACCAGCUACUCGAAGUACGAUGCAAAGCAAUUUUCACCUGCGUCCCACUCCUCGAAGUGGCGUUAGCAGCCGCUUCGGCGUCCGGCAUCCCUCGCGAGCGCGUUUACCUCCUCGAAGUUCCCAAAUGCGUCAUGAACAGCAAAGUUGGCCCGAAAGACCUGGUUACAACGGAACAGAUGAUCAUCGAAGGCCACCACCUCCCUCCUCUAGAAGCCAUUUGCUGGGUCCAAGGCCAGGGCGCCCGCCAGCCCGCCUUCUUAUGUGCUUCGAGCGGCACUUCCGGCCCGCCCAAGUCCGUCAUGACGAGCCACCACAAUGUUAUCGCCAAUAUGGUCAUGAUGGCGACGCUGUACAGCGCCAACCGAGCCGCGUCUGCCCCCCGCGUACUGUGCCUCGGCGUGCUGCCGCAAAGCCACUGCUACGGCCUUUUCGUCAACUACCACGCGACCAUCUACGCCGGCGACGGGGUGGUGGUGUUGCCGCGCUUCGAGGUGGACGAGACCCUGUCGGCGGUGGAGCGCCUCGGCGUCGCGCGCCUGUGGCUUGUCCCAGCGCAGAUCGUGGCCCUGGCCAAGGCUGCGGCGAACCUGUCGAGGCGGUACGACCUGAGCAGCGUGCGCGACGUAUUCACUGGCGGGUCGGCGCUGACGGAUGAGCUCUCGGCCGCGUUCGGCACGCUGAUCCCGCGCUGCGCUUCAGUCAGGCAGCAGUACGGCCUGACCGAGACGACCGCGGUCGUGUCCUCCGACCUCCCCGACGAUGCGGUGCUGGGGUCCUGCGGUGUCAUCUGUCCCGGGUUUGAGGCGCGGGUGCUGGGUGGGGAUGGAAGAGACGUGGGCCCCGGGCAGGCCGGGGAGUUGGUUCUCCGAGCGCCCAACGUCUCGAUGGGGUAUUUGGGCAACGAGGUGGCGACGAGGGAGUCGUUUACUGAUGAUGGGUGGUUCAGGACGGGAGAUUUGGUCGAGAUGAGGCCUAGUUCCAAGGGCAAUUACCACUUGGUUGUGGUUGAUAGGAUCAAGGAGCUGAUUAAAGUUAUGGGAAUGCAAGUCGCCCCUGUCGAGGUGGAAAACCACCUGCUCUUGCACCCGGCGGUAGCCGAGGUGUGUGUGGUCCCAAUACCCGACCCAACUGCAGGGGAGCUACCUUGUGCUUACGUCGUGCGGACGACGGCGUACAGGGAUGUCGACGCGCACUGGCUGAAGGAGGACAUCUUUGACCACGCCGCCGACUCUCUCGCGCAGUACAAAUGGCCAAAAGGGGGCAUUGAGUUUGUGUAUUCCUUGCCCAAGACCGCGUCGGGUAAGAUUCAACGAAAAGUCGUCAAGACUAUGGCGCUGGAGCAUCUUCGGGCCGAGGCGGCCCGCAGGGAAUUGGAGAGGAAGGUGAUCAGCUUCCACAACGAGAAGGUCUAUGGUUUCAAAGCUCCCGUUAUUGUAGAGGUUUUCGAAUUCGACUCGGAUGACGACGACUACUAG